ACCGCCGAACCCGCACUGCUGAGAAGCGGAGCCUCCGCCUCGGGGACCCCAGUCCCUGGCUGUCCCCCAACUGCGCGUCCCCGCCCCACCCCCGCGGCUGAGCCACCACUGGUGGGGCGGUCUCUGGCUUGGCGGAAGGGCCUUAAACGGUCACCCGACCCCUCUCCACAGCCUCUUUGCAUCUCGGAUUUCGGGGCGACCCCCUCCCCCACCCCUCCCUGCUUAUUGCACCCUAAUUUUUCUGCGUUUCGCUUGGGUUUUGCAGCCGUCUAUUUUUGCAUCCUCUUUUUUUUUUUUUUUUUUUUGCUUUUAGGAGGUUUGGGCGGGGGUGAAGCUGCAUUCGCACCCCUUCCUCUUUUUUCCUCUCCUGCUCUGACAGCCUCCCUUUUCCUCGCAGUCGGGGGGGCCUAGGAUCAGUGCACCCUACGCCGCGCUGCCAGCACCGCGCAGCGCGUGGCUGUGCUCCCCGGAAUUUGCAGCAGCUGCAUAUCUAAGGGGGGGUUCUCCUUCGCCCCUGCUGCCUUUGCUCCCUUCGCAUUCCAGUGCGUGGGGGGGGGGGGCUUCAGCGCACCGCACCCCAGCUUCGCCGCAGCCCCCAGCCCUGCGCGGGACUCGCCCCCCGUCGUCAAGAUGGUCAUCCAGAAAGAGAAGAAGAGCUGUGGGCAGGUGGUUGAGGAGUGGAAGGAGUUCGUGUGGAACCCGAGGACGCACCAGUUCAUGGGCCGCACUGGGACCAGCUGGGCCUUUAUCCUCCUCUUCUACCUCGUCUUCUAUGGCUUCCUCACGGCCAUGUUCACUCUCACCAUGUGGGUAAUGCUGCAGACUGUCUCUGACCAUACCCCCAAGUACCAGGACCGACUGGCCACACCAGGCUUGAUGAUUCGCCCCAAGACUGAGAACCUGGAUGUCAUUGUCAACGUCAGUGACACUGAAAGCUGGGACCAGCAUGUUCAGAAGCUCAACAAGUUCUUGGAGCCUUACAACGACUCCAUCCAAGCCCAAAAGAAUGAUGUCUGCCGCCCUGGGCGCUAUUACGAACAACCAGAUAACGGAGUCCUCAACUAUCCGAAACGUGCCUGCCAAUUCAACCGGACCCAGCUGGGUGACUGCUCCGGCAUUGGGGAUCCCACCCACUAUGGUUACAGCACUGGGCAGCCCUGUGUCUUCAUCAAGAUGAACCGGGUCAUCAACUUCUAUGCAGGAGCAAACCAGAGCAUGAAUGUCACCUGUGUGGGGAAGCGAGAUGAAGAUGCUGAGAAUCUCGGCAGCUUUGUCAUGUUCCCUGCCAAUGGCAACAUCGACCUCAUGUACUUCCCCUACUACGGCAAAAAGUUCCAUGUGAACUACACGCAGCCCCUGGUGGCCGUGAAGUUCCUGAAUGUGACCCCUAACGUGGAGGUGAACGUGGAAUGCCGCAUCAACGCGGCCAACAUCGCCACAGAUGAUGAGCGAGACAAGUUUGCCGGCCGAGUGGCCUUCAAACUUCGCAUCAACAAAACCUGAGAUCCCUUUCUCCUGCCCCCACCUCUUUCCUAUGGAUGCUUCUGGAAUGUCCCUGAACCUGCCUGAUCCCUCCCUCACCCACCCCAAAGGUAUUUUUUAUAACAGAGCUAUGACUGGUCUGAGCCUCACAUCCUUUCCUUUACUUCUAAACCCAGCCUGGUGUCCAUUGUGAUUCUCUGCCUACAUGUAUUUUCCACCAUCUUCUCCCGACCCUAGCUCAGUAGAGACAGGGAGAUGGAGUCCCAAGAUGGUCACAAAGGAGUUAAGAGCUGUUCUGGUUCCAGCUUGGCUGUGAGUGGGAUGUUUCCACAGCUACCCACCUCUCCUGCCCUCCUAUCCCCUGAGAGCUAUAGAAAAAGCCUACCCACCCACCUUCACACUCGCUCACCCUCACACGCACCCAUCCACCUUCUCAUCCACUCACCUUCACACUCACCCACCUUCAUACUCAUCCACCCUCACACUCACUCACCUUCACACUCACCCACCUUCACACUCACCCACCCUCACACUCACUCACCUUCACACCCACCCACCUACACACAUCUCAUUUCACCCCUUAGCUUCCAGACACGAAUGUGGCAUCCACUCUUCUGAUCCCAAGUGCAGCCUCGUCUACAGUUGCUGUCUUGGUGGCUUUUGACUUACCUGGCUCCCCUGGCAGGUCUGUCCCCACCUCCUUUCCAUCCCUAUUCGCUCGUUCGUAAUUGAGGACAAGGUGGCUCUGUGGCCUUUUCCCUAUUUCUUGGCACAUUCAGCUUCUCACUCUGUGGUGAUUGUGUGAGCUGCGAAUGAGGGUCUGGAAGAGAAGUCUGUGUCAGUUCUUCAAAAUUUUCUUCCUGGUCCCUCCUGUCACCCAAAUAAGCACUCCUCAGGGGAGUGGGGUUGACCUAGACUGAGUAUCCACUUUGUUUUUGCCGAUGGCUCCCUUCCCUUUGUUGGCUUUCCCAGAAUAUCCUUCAAAUUCCACUUCCCAGGAGCCCUGGGGGAGGGGAAGCCAUUUUGGCUCGGUCCCCAGUGGCCACCUUAGAAACCUCAGCUGGCUAUGGGACUAUUCCACCUCCUUCCCCUGCGCCCACAUCUGUCCCCACCAUCCUCUCUCUGGCUUUUCUUAGCAAGUUAUCAACUAAUCACUAACUCCUCUUUCCUCCGCAUGUCAGCCUGAAAGUUGCAAAUACCCCUCAAUCUAGCCUCUGAGUUUCUUGGCUCCUUCAGAUCCCUUUGCCUUUUUAAACAACCCCAUAGUGCCCAUAGAAUGUUACAUGAGUGACCUCCUGGGUUCUUGAGUUAUAGAGGCAUUUUAACUCUUUCUGCUCCGGUGUCCCUUCUCUUCCUCACUCUUUCAUCUCUCCCAUCUCUUUUUUGAUGCUGCAGCCUCCACACCCCACCCCCCACAGAUGGACCCUUCCCUUUUUUCUCUGCUGGAUCUGAGUCUCUUCCCUUCAGGUCCCCUGUGUCCCUGCACUCCCCUCACCCCGGUGGUCUCUCUCUGCAGUUAUUUAAUGCCUGUGUCAGAUCUACUGUAAAAAGAGGAUAAAGUACAAUAAAAUGAGAGCAAUUAUA